AUGGGGCGCCUUCGCUGGAAAAACCGCCUCUGCAGCUCAAGAGCUGUGGCGCUUAUUACUGCUGCAGCAGCACAAACGGAAGCUCUGCUGCAGCGAGAGGUAUCUUCAGAGGCAGAGGCCAAGCGUAUUCUGCAGGACUUCGACGCCCCACACGUUCCGUCGAUGAUAAAUGACCUGCUUUCGAAAUAUUGCACAGCCGUCUGUGUCUCCCCCAAUUCAGAAGAGGGAGCUUGCUUCAGAGGGAUGGAAGCGGCGCAGGUGGAAGUAGCAGGGCAGGUUUAUAACAUUGCGCUGCUGCUGAGGCCCUCACAAGGAGAGCAGCAGCAGCAACAGCAGCAGCAACCGCAGCCGCGGCAGCAACAGGAGCAGCUGCAGCAGCAAAAACUGCAGCAGAAGCAGCAGCAGAAGCAGCAGCAGCAGCAGAAGCAGCAACUUCAACAAAAGCAGCUUUUGCAGCAGCAGCAGCAGCAGCAGCAGCUACUGCUGCAACAGCAGCAGCAGCAGCGACAGCAGCACCUGCAGCAGCAGCUGCUGCUGCAGCAGCAACCGCUGCAGCCAGUAGUUACUGCGCAUCCUCGGCAGCAGCCGCUAAUGGCUGCGCCGGCACCUUCACCGCAGCAGCAGCAGCAGCAGCAGCAGCAGCUGCUGCAGCAGCAGCAACGGGAAAGUCCUGUUGCGCUGCAUCCCCACAGCCCUGUGCCCCACGCGCACUUAAUGCAGCAGCGUUUGCUGCAGCAGCAGCAGUUCAUGCAGCAGCAGCAGCAGCAGCAGCACCAGUUACUGCAGCAGCAGCAGCAUCCGCAGCUAAUUCCGCCGCAGCAGCACGCACAGCAGCCGCAGCAGCAGCAAAUGCAUGCCCACUGGCUCCAGCAGCAGCGUGCACUGCAGCAGCCUUCCCCGCAGCAGCAGCAGCAACCCCCGCAGCCCCCGCAGCAAGAGCAGCAGCCGCAGCAGCAGCAGCAGCAGCAGCAGCAGCUUGGUGCUCCCCAAGAGAGAGAUGAUGAGCCGCUUUAUGUGCUGAUGGAAGACUAA